AUGCCGAUCCCGGUCCUGGGUCUCAGAGACCACUCUAAGGUCUUCAAAGAUGGCAGCUGCUUCCUGACGGAUAAUAACUUCGUCCUGGUCGGCUCCUUCGUGGCGUUCUUCGUCCCGCUCACCAUCAUGGUGGUCACCUACUUCCUGACCAUCAACGCGCUCCAGAACGAGGCCACCCUCUGUCUGGACCAGCUGGUCCCCCGUCCCAAAUGGAGCACCACCUUCACCCUCAGCUUCUUCCCGCAGACCUCCCUGUCCUCCGAGAAACUCUUCAGACGCUCCAUCAGCCGCGAGGCCGGAGGACGAGGGAGCAGCGGCGGGCUCGGCGGCGGCGGCGCUCGAGACAGCGUCUCUGGAUCUUUGUUUGGACGGCGAACCAUGCAGUCCAUCAGCAACGAGCAGAAGGCGUCCAAAGUCCUGGGGGUGGUCUUCUUCCUCUUCGUGGUCAUGUGGUGUCCCUUCUUCAUCACCAACGUGCUCCAGGUGGUGUGCGACCCCGCCGUGUGCGACGCCGGGGUCAUGGGAGGCCUGCUGAACGUUUUCGUGUGGGUGGGGUAUCUGUCCUCGGCGGUCAACCCGCUGGUCUACACGCUCUUCAAUAAGACGUACAGGGCGGCGUUCCUCAGGUACGUCCGCUGUCAGUACACGCCCGAGAAGAAACCGCUGCAGCUCAUCCUGGUCAACACCAUCCCGCCGCUCGCCUACAGCUCCACCCAGCUGCCGCUCGGCGACGUCGGGAAGCUUCAAAACGGCGUGAAGGACUUUUCUUUACCGGGACGGGACACGGAGAGACACAAGCAGGACAAGAAGGACGAGAGCUGCGUGUGA